AUGAUGGACCCCGCCGGGAGGAACAACACCAAGAUGAUGAAGAAGAAUCAGAACCAGACCAAGUCGAAGGUGGGUAGAGAGGUGAAAUUCGUUGGUGGUGGUGCUGGUGCUGCUGGUGGCGUCUUUGUACAACCGCACCCAUGUCAUGCCAUGUCAGCACAAGCAGCAGCAGCAUUCGACGCCAUGAGAUGCAACCCAUUGCGGCCGUAUAUGAUACCAUCGGAAGGGGUGGUCCAACACACCGUGAAGUUGCAAUCAAGCAGUCCUAGUGCCGUACGGCGCAGUCCCCCGAUCCCGGCCGGAUAUCCGUACACCUAUGCCGCGGUCAAAAGCUAGGACCAGGAACCCCCCCCUCCCCCUCCGGGAGGCUUCGAGUGGGAACACGGGGGCUGACACCCCGGCCGGCCGAUGCAUGCACGCAUACGACCUGGACCCCCAGUUCGAGGAGCCGGGGGGGGGGACCAUCCGCCCUUGAUCUGCGGGCUGCUUCCCCUCGAGGCUCUAGAGCAAAAUGUGAUUUAGUGUAUCCGUGAAACGGAGAGUGUCGGUAAUGGAGGAGGCCGCCCCCCGUCGUAAAGCCCCAUCCAAGCCUUGUCCCAUUCAUAUCCGCCGUGAUCGACAGCCAAUGCCAGCUCGUCUUUAAUGUGCAGUACUCUGUACAUAGUACGCCCUUCUCGCCAGCCCAGCCCGCUCUUUCGGAGUGGCGGGCUAAGCAAAAUAUCUCAAAGAUCUGCCCAUCUUUAAGCAUCCGAGUCAUGAUCCCGGUGGGGGGCACCUCAUGGUUAAGUAAGAGAGUUCUUCCGCGUCUCUCUCUCCUCUCCCUCUGUGUUUGUCACGGCGGGCUUCAUGCGAGCAAAAAAGAGAGACCCAACGGGGGCCCUUUUUUUUUUUUUUUAAUAAUGGCUAGGCGACAAGACGGAACGGUCCAGCCGACGUCAAAGUGCCAAGAUGGUGAUUCUUUUCCCCAAUGGAAGGGGUUUAAUUUCAUCUGCCCAGACUGCCCGGGAUCAGGUUAUUUACGCACACCUCUUGAGACGCACACACCUGACGGACAGACAGACAGACAAAUAGAAAAACGGACACAUGUACAAAGACGCACACACCUUGGAGAAAUAUUUUUGCCUCGCGUCCUCGCCUGGAAGCAAGAUGGCGGCACAGCAGCACAAGCAUGUACAAAUUACACUACUCUUCAU